UCUCAGUGUCCCUUUGACUGCACAUCCGAAGCUGCAUCGCGCUAUUCGACAACGAGACCGAGAAUAUAACAACUUCAGUUUACAUCGUAUGACAGUCUACGUCAGCUCGUGAAAGCUCGCGAAAUUCAAAAGCGAAUUGAAGAGACGUUCCACGAAUAGAGAGAAGAAAAGUAGAAAAAAAAUUGAUAAUUAAAGAUAAAAAAUAAUUAGAAGUAUAUAUCGACGAUAAUUUUCAUUUUUUGGGACGAUACCCAAGUGGAAAUCAAAGAGACUAUUGAAAAACAACAUAAUCUGUGUAAAUACAAAAUAAUUCGGUCCGCGAUAAAUUUCAUUUUGUUUAAGUGCAAGUUGGAGAGAUUCGUAUACUUGAGAAAAUAAUGAAAAAUAUAAUAAACAGAAAAAAUAAAACACAAUAGUUUGAGGUCAAAUUUUGUUCCUUUGAUGAAAGUCGAAAAAGUCAGCUUUCAUGAUUGACAAAUAUAACAAGAUACAGUCAUCGAUAGAAUAAAACUGUUAAACCGUAAAAUAAAAUAAAAUAAUUCAUUGAUAACGAUAGUUUAAGUUGAGAAUUUGCGGUGAAAGUUUUGUGAAAUUACCACGAGGUGUGAUAAAGUAAUAGAAUCUAACAGUGAUAACAUCAGGCAAAAUGCUUGGCGGAUACGAGGCGCAGACGGAGUACUAUCCGCAGUGGCAUCAACCAUAUAAUUAUGUCACUCAACUUCCCUACGGACCCCAUGGCUCGAUUCCCGAUGCUGAUAGUCAAUCCACGUAUUGGGGAGGCGCGGAUUCCGGUAUCUCGGGGGGUAGUUCGGGGGCCGGCAGUCCUACCGCGUCAACUCCACCCCUCAUCGAAGAGAUCGGUGUUCAGGAACCGGGUUACUCGCCUUUGCAGCAAUACGUGCAUCCUUCAGCACCUGGUCAGCAUUACACCACCUUGCCGUAUUCCCAGGGACAACAGGAAACGUCGCCCCACCAUCACCACCACCCACAUCAUCAUCAUCAUCAUCAUCAUCAUCAUCAACCUGGUCACCGACGCGAGCACGAGUUUGCGAGCGCCCAGGUUGGUCAGCAGGUCGUCGGCGGUACUCUUCAGCAGCACCUUCAUCAGGGCGUUCGCGAGGUUGGCGUGGGAUCUAGACCGCCAAAGAGACGAAAUACCGCGAACAAAAAAGAAAGAAGAAGGACGCAAAGCAUUAAUAAUGCUUUUUCUGAUCUGAGAGAAUGCAUUCCUAACGUGCCAUCGGAUACCAAACUAUCAAAGAUUAAAACCUUAAGGCUAGCUGCGUCCUACAUUGGAUAUCUGAUGGCGGUGUUGGAGAGUGACGAGGGAGAGGAGCCGCAAACUUUCCGCGCGGAGAUUCUUUCAAAUGGCAGAAGGAAUAAAGCGACUCAACCUAAUCAGAACGAAUCGUGCUUACAGUCCAUCUCGAAUCUCGGUCACGAGGAACCGACGAAGAGCAAAGGACGGACGGGUUGGCCGCAGCAUAUGUGGGCCCUUGAAUUGAAGCAGGAAUCAUCAACGGGUCAGAUGCAAUAAAAUACACCGGAGACACUACUGUCAAAACAUAUCCGCGAUAUUUUACAAAAUAUCGUUCAAAACGAUCGUUCCUUUUUGCGCCUGACAUUAUUUUUCACCGUCGGAAAAAAGUGCGAUCCCGCGACUUAACGAUCAAAGCAUCUUUCAAACAUUUUUUAAAUGUUUGUCAGUAGAAGAGAUUCAAAAUUUCAAAAAAUUGGAAAUUAUUGACGAAUAUGUUGUAAUUUUGUUUAUAAAAUAGUGUUUUAUAAAAAAAAUCCAAAUUUUUUGAAAAAAAAUAUCGAGAAGUCGCGCGGCUUGGAAAAAGAUAUAAUUAUUUGGUGUAAAAAGAGGAGAAAUUAUUUUGUAUAUAGUGCGCGUACAUAAUUGUUGUGUAUAGAAUUUUGUUCCUUCUGUAGCGAUCAGUGUUAUUUUGAACCAAAGAUGAGUAUACCUUAUUUUAAUGAGUCUUUUUUCAUAAGUUAAAUAAUAAUUUUAUUAAGUUGUAAUUAAGACCACGAUUUUGCGUUGAAUACGUAUCAUUGAUAUUAGAAUUAAGACUCUUUGUAAAGUUUUGUAUAAAGUAUCGUUACAUAGAAAUGUAUAAAAUGUCGCUAGUAAUAAACAAUGUACC